AUGGCUGCGCAUUCAGGUAAACCUGGUGGUGGAGAGGCUUUGGUGGCCUUCUUCACCAAACUUCCCAGCCUGCAAGUGCCUGAGGAGGAACUGGUGAUUCCGUCAGACCUCGAGAGAUAUGGCCUUUCGGAAGUGGUGAAUCGACUUCUGGGCCGAGAUCAGCCCAUCCCCUUCGACUUCUUGGUGGAGGGGGAAUUUCUGCGCUCCAGCAUUGGCAGAUACCUGGAGGCUCACAAGCUGUCCUCUGAGAAGGUCUUGCGGUUGGAAUUUGUGCUUGCCCUACGUGAGCCAGAGCAGUCUGCUGUGGAUGAGGCUCCCGAAUGGAUCUCGAGCGUGGCCGCACUUGAGGCUUUUCCCAGCACCUGGUUCGCAGCCACCCUCUAUGAUGGCACUGUUCGUCUGUAUGAGGGUGCCCAGAUGAAGCUCACGACGAGGCUCUCCGACCAUGGCCUUACUGGGGCAGCAGCACUGCCGACCUCAAGGGGCAGUCACUUGGUGGCCGCUUGUCAGGAUGGCACCUUGAAGGCCUGUGGAUUUCAAUGUGGCUCUGGACCGAGCUCGGGUGCGGUGAGCUCCCAGGCAGGGGCCAAGAAGGCGCUGCAGGCCUGCGCCAUCCACGAGGAUGGUACCCUGCUGGCUGCCGGCGGUUGGUCCAUGGAGGUGUGUGUCUGGAACGUGGAGCCCGAGACCUUCGCUGAUGAGACGGCCGGAAAGAGGAAAGCCCCUCACCAGGCCGAGGCAAAGUUCACCUUGGCGGGGCACUCGCAGGUGGUGACUGCGCUCAGCUUCGGGAAGAAGGAGCAGUUCCCCUUCAGUCUUCUGAGCGGCUCCUGGGACUGCUCGAUUCGCGUCUGGGAUUUGGUGGCCGGCAGCGGGGUAUGCAACUGGCCAGUGGCGCGUGCCGUUACCAGCUUUACGCUGAAUCCUUCCAUGCCACAGCUGGCAACCAGCCAUGAGGAUGGUCAUGUCUCCCUUUGGGAUAUCCGUGCUCCAGCACACAGCUCCAUUGCGGGUGCCAUGUGCGGAUGCUUGACUGUGCGACUGGCGACUGACGUCGCUGGAUGUCAAGCCGCCGUGCUUUUGUUCGCAGCGGACGAUACGGGACGAUACGGGAUGACGCUUCCAAGGUCGCGACUGGGAUCCACCAAAGCCUUUGGCACAGUGGGAUAUCCAUGGGAUAUCUACGGUGACCAUGGUGCGUCAGGUGGUGAUUUCUUUCACGAAGAGUGUUGA